GCCCACUAGAUCCCGCAAGAUUAUACAGAUGAAGCCAAGGGAGAGCGAUGUGCACGAGAGAUCUGCGGUCUCUGUAGCAUCUCCGCCCGCGAAUCGGAAAAGCGGCGCACAAACGGGUAGCAAGAGGAAGCAGACCGGUUCUGGCCAGACGGCGGCAGGGCGUAAAAUUGCACGCAAGACGGCACAUAGCUUGAUCGAGCGUAGACGAAGGUCGAAGAUGAACGAGGAAUUCGCCGUGCUGAAGGAUAUGGUUCCUGCAUGCAGAGGCCAGGAAAUGCACAAGCUUGCCAUUCUGCAGGCGAGCAUAGAAUAUUUGCGAUAUUUGGAGCAAUGCGUGGCAGAUCUGCAGGCGAAGAAGCCAUCACCGCAGCCGCAGCCUCCGACACGCCGAAGAGAGGUAGAAGAGCAAGCUGCUGAUGAGGAUGAUGAUGAAGAAAUGGCGGACGACGUGGGCGAGACUGAAGAAGGCACAUCUACACCGGCUACAUCGACUUUGGAGAAAUCUGGAUCAUUGAUAUCGCUGCCUUCGCUCUCACAAAUCACCACGACAACCACCACCUCACCAUCCAUCUUCUCCGUCGGCACUGGAGGCCGACACUACUCCAUCUCCUCAGCAGCCUCGUCCUACAGCCCCUACUUCCAUUCGAAUCAGGCUUCGCCAGCAUUUGGUCCUCAGCUUCAUCACGUCUCAACGGCGCCCUCAUUCAAUAAUGUGUUUGGUCUUGGUUCCCCUGCUCUCAAGCCUCUCGACAGCGCAGGUCACUUGCGGCAGAUCGCUGAGGGAGCAACUGAGCUGAGCGAAAAGCAUGGGCAUUCGCAAGCACAGAGGCUGGCAAUAAAAGGACGAAGUGAUGAAAAUGAGCAUCAAAUGGAUCAGGAAGCCACUGCGGCGCUUUUGAUGCUCAAUCACGAUCGACGAAGCUGGAAAGCUGCCAAUGCGCCCCGUGAGGAGGGUGCAUACAGCCGAUCCAGUGGCAUGAGUGUUCGAGAUCUUCUUGUAACAGACCACGAGAAUCGGCAUUGGUAGGCAGAGAACAUAUAAUUGGUGGGAGGCGUUUGUGCCGUCGUCUGUUUUAUCUGUGUUGAUCAUAGGACAAUGUGAUACCCUACGGCCAAUCGGCACACGGAAAGGAGGACUGUUGGAUUAUGUUGGGUAAUGAGUCACGGCUUAUACAAAAGUACAUGUAGCAUUGUUCUGCAGCGGUCACGAUCUUC